CCAUUGAACCUGAAAGUUUAAAUUGAUAGACAUAUUUAUGUUUAUAUAUAUUUUCUUACCUUUCUCUAUUAUUUUUUUCCCUUGUCAGGUUGCAUCGUCUUUGAAUUCCUCCUACUCCUACAUAUUGAACAGUAGCUCCAAUGUCUUUACAUGGUCUGGAAGCCUUACAAACUCAGAUAAUCAAGAACUUGUUGAGCGGUUGUUGGAUUUGAUAAAGCAGCCCAAUGUGCAAUCUAGAUCACAAAAGGAAGGCUCAGAAUCUGAACAAUUUUGGAAUUUGCUGGGAGGCAAAUCUGAAUAUCCUAGCCAAAAAAUCAGUCGAGAUGCUGAGAGUGAUCCUCACCUAUUUUCUUGUACUUUCUCAAGAGGGAGUUAUCACUAAACAAAUGACUGCAAUAGAAGAAAUGGUUGCAAGUGAGUACAAUUAGCCAGACCCUCAUCUUUGUGACAAGAUCUUGAAGUUGGUCAUUUGUGAAGCGUUCUACUUUUCUUUCUUUCUUUUUUUCCAAAGGAUGAUCAGUGUAAUAAUUAAGCUUCAUAAUUUCUGUGUUUGGAUCCAAGUUGUAUAUAAAUGUCACAUUAUUAAGAUUUCAUUUUGUAUAUGUACAAGUAAAAGAUUUCGUUUUUAA